UAUCAGACGUGUUAAACACUCGUACUUCGAUACUUAUAACAUCGCUGGACAGCUCCGGCGUGGCCCUGGAGUAACCCGAGUUUGCUGCCUUUUGUGAUCUACGCGUUCUUCGAACUCAAGAUUCUUUCCCCCUUCGGCUGCAGAUCUCCCGAAAACGUGUCAUUUCAAAGACCAUUCCAAAGGCUACCAUGGCACGACCUGGAGCCGAACUGGCGACUACGGUCGCCAAACCGCUGUCGGAUUUUCAGAAAAUUGGAUACAACACCUAUAUCUGGACACCAUCGACAUAUGAUCCAGCCCGAGGACCGCUGAUUCUACUCUUUUCUUGGAAUGCUGGCGCUGCCAAACACAUUGCCAAAUAUACUUUUUCUUAUCAGAAACUGUUCCCCUCCUCGCGGAUAUUGCUCAUUCGAUGUUACACACCGGAUAUGUUCAAGUCCGAAGCGACGUAUCGUGAUCGUCUCACUCCAGCAAUGGAUACUGUGAAAGAGCAUAUCACCAAUGGCGGCCACGUCCUCACGCAUAGUUUUAGUAAUGGCGGAGGCAAUCAACUUGUUGAAUUCUCGAAGGCGUGGGUGAAGAGGGAGUCCACUGUGUUGCCUAUGCGGGCACUUGUGCUGGACUCAUCGCCGGGUAAAGGAGGAUGGAUCCGAAGCCAUGCUGCCAUUGUUGCCUCGAUGCCUAAGGGGUUUUUCUGGCAAUUGUUCGGUGGUGCGAUAACCCAUCUGAUGCUGGCUAUGAUCUUUGUGUUCAAUGUUGUGACGAUGAGAGAGAACAAGAUGAUCGUCAUGUGCAGGGAAAUGAAUGAUCCUCGCUACUUCGAUCUUCGCACACCGAGGGUAUACAUUUAUAGCAAAGCCGACCUGAUGGUUGCCCACGAUGAGGUCGAGGAGCACGCCAGCGAUAGCGCUGCCAAAGGAUGGGUUGUUACGAAGGUGCGAUUUGAGUCGAGCGCGCAUGCUGGGCACGUCAGAGAGGACGAGCAAAAGUAUUGGAACGCGAUAAGAGGGGCCUACGACAAGCAAUCGUAGGAAAAUGCGAUGAAUUCAGGGUUCUUUCUAUAAACGCGCAGCGACUAGACUUAAAUAGAUGUUCCACAUGAGGCCGCAACAGCUGAGGAAGAUCAUGCGGCGCUCAACGGGGCAGUAUGUGGUGCUAAAGAAGUUGGCAACCGGCCAGACUUUGUACGAAUCAAAGAUGAUGGGAAACA